CAAUGCUUGACACUUAGGCACUCUAUUGUGUAUUUCAAAUGCAGGUAUUGCUGAUCAGAGGAAACCGGACCGAUUAUGGUGAUUCUAUUUGUUUGCUUGUCAUUGAUGGCCGCAAACAAAAAGCAACUGUCUGCGCCGAAUUAUAAGCUUAAACAUUUUUUUUAAUUUAACAAUGCAGUUUUAACGAGAUGUUCUAUUGCCUCUCGAGUUCCUUUGUAUAACCAAUUUUUGCUGCGAAACGGUAAUUGGACAUUACCAUAACUUCAGCUGCGACGUGGGGCUCAAAACAUCUGAAAAGGAGGCCCGGGAAAUAUUUCUCUACCUUCGUAAGUGUCCUAAGUAUAAACGUACUGCUCCCACGCUGCUGUCGGAUGAUGGUUCAAACGGACCGCGUAAUGCUCCUAAAAUCCUACUCCAGGUCAGGCCACCUUGGUUUCCACUGACUCGAUGCAGACUGAGGCUGCUUAAUACCUCAGUGAUGUGCUUAUCAGCAUGUCUUUCACUGAUAAAUUAGACACGGGUGGAUGAUGCGCUUCUCCAUCUUGUAGAUGAGCAAGAAUAAUACCUAGAUUAUCAAUGAGCAGUGGGUCAUGUUGCCAUGAUUACAAUGUGAGAUACGGUGGGUUUUCCCAGUGUCGUAUUUUUCGUAAUGCGUUAAGGAAGAACUGCAGCUUUUGCAAUGUUUGAUACUCUUUUUCUCUCGUAUAUUUUAGUGUUAGGAUGGCAGAAUAACCAUGGGAGACUGGAAUUUCCUUGGAGGCAUUUUAGAGGAGGUCCACAUUCAUUCCACUAUUAUUGGAAAGAUUUGGCUAACGAUCCUCUUCAUAUUUCGAAUGCUUGUCCUCGGAGUGGCGACUGAGGAUGUCUGGAACGAUGAACAGUCAGAAUUUAUAUGCAAUACCGAGCAACCUGGUUGCAGAAACGUGUGCUAUGAUGAGGCCUUUCCCAUCUCUCUCAUAAGAUACUGGGUCUUGCAAGUUAUAUUUGUGUCUUCUCCUUCCUUGGUGUAUAUGGGUCAUGCCUUAUACAGACUAAGAGCCUUGGAAAAAGAGAGGCAAAAAAAGAAAGCUCAGGUAAGAGUGGAACUUGAAAGCACUGAAUUAGAAAUGACUGAAAAUCGGAAAAGGCUGGAGAGAGAACUCCGGCAACUGGAUCAAAGAAAGUUAAACAAAGCACCCCUGAGAGGCUCUUUGCUCGGCACUUACGUGAUACAUAUUUUCACAAGAUCUGCAGUGGAAGUCGGUUUUAUGAUUGGGCAGUAUCUUCUUUAUGGCUUUCAUCUAGAUCCCCUUUAUAAAUGUCAGAGAGAUCCAUGUCCAAACACAGUUGACUGCUUUGUAUCUAGACCAACAGAAAAGACAGUGUUCAUAGUAUUCAUGCAAUCAAUAGCGACUGUAUCAUUGCUUUUAAAUAUCCUAGAAAUUAUCCACCUAGGGUUCCGAAAAAUUAAAAUGGGACUCUGCGGGCAGAAUAAAAACAAGGACGACCCUGACAAUUUCUACGUAAACAAAUCUAAGAAAUACCCUGGGAUACCUCACUCUUCUUUGGGAAUAUCCAGCACCCCUCAAAAAACUCUUCCUUCUGCACUUAGCGGUUACACCUUUUUAAUGGAAAAGCAAUCUGAUACUGCUAUCUACCCGGUUCUAAAUUCUCCUCCCGUGCUUCAGUCCGUGCAAAAUAACCGUACAGAAAGCAGCAGCAAUUACACCCAUCGCAAUCAGGAAAAUAAAUCGCCAAAGAAGAGGCCAGCUACAAAUGCUUUAGACAGUCAGACUCAAAAUACUAGCACAAAUAAUAAUGAAGGCUUCCUUGGUGAGCUUGGGACUGAAGCGCAUGAUGCUCAAAAAGAAGCUGAAAGGAAACAUUUCCUUGUUGGUAUUCGGAAUGCAGAUACAGCUUCGAGCACGUGCUUGAGAAGCUUUGCUGAAAUGCCACCUCAAACUUCCCUGCAACCCGAUACCACUUUUCCUAUUACCGGUUUCAGAAGACAACAUGGAAUUGGUUCGUCUUGGAACUGCUCGACAAUGGUUGAGAGUGCAGGAGCUUCAACAAAUUCUCUUCCAAAGAACUGCACCAGAAGACAAAGCAGUUUCAGUGCAAACAAAGCCCAACCUCCUUACAACGCUGACGUAAAACGUUCUAGCCGACCAGACACUCCUGACUCUACAGGGGAGGUGAGCUCAGAAUCUAAACAAAGUAGAAACUGCGAUAGUCCUAAGCCUUUCUCUCUGUCUAGGCGAGUGUCGCUGUCAAGUAAUGCCAGCAGCAGGCGUGCCCCCACCGAUCUUCAAAUAUAG